GAAUAAGCGGCUUCCUGCCCGACCACCGGGGGAGCGCAAGACAUUGGCUUUACGGGGCUCCCACGGAAAGAGUCGCUCGGCAUUACCCGUGCUACGUUCCCAGCGGGAGGGAUUCAUGCUUCAAACUCUGGCCCGAGCCUGGCCCCUCCCUCACACGCUGGGUCACGUCCCCGCCCGGGGGCAGUUUUUGGCCCUGGGGAAAAACCUGAUGGAAGCUUCCCCCGGCUUUGCCUUGUUAAUUUACAUCAAUUGACCACGUCCCUCCCUGGGCAGGCCCCAGACGAUCUGAUGUGGGAGGAAGGAGCGGGAGAGACAGAGCCCCUCCCCUCCCCCCCCCCCGGCGUACACGAGUGUGACGCGGGCGACUCCGGAUUCACCCCAGCGCCGCUCCGGCGGGCGAGUGGUUGCUGCAGGGAUUUACUUUGCAGCAGCCGGAGCAGGAGGAGGCGAGCUGAGGCGCCUCUCCCCUGCCAGCGGCGGCAGUGGGGUGGAAGAAGGGGGGGAGAUCGCCCCCCCCGGUCACCCAGGCAAGAGCCACAGUCCAGCAGGCAGCGCAGCCGGGCUUCCCCCCCACCCGGGUCAAAGCCAGACGAGUCCAGAGCAGGAGAAGGAAAACCUCGCCCCGGCGGAAGAGCUGCCGGGUAAAUCAAAGAAGCGGAGAGUUUGGGGUGCCAUGGGUGGCGGGGGCAGCGUGUGGGCACUGGCCAUCGGCUGGGCGCUGGCCGUGCUGUGUGGAGGCACCGGAGGCCUGGACAGCCGCUGCCUAGCUGGAGGGAAGCACAAGGUGGCCCCUAGCCCCGAGGGGCAGCUGGGCGUUUGCCAGCUCUAUGCUGCCAACGCCUGCUGCUCCCCCAAGGUGGCCCAGGAGAUCUCCAGCGCCCCACUCACCAAGGUCAACGACAUUUCCUGGAAUCACUGCAGGAGCCUCAGCCCCAGGUGCAAGCACUACCUGCAGCGGGUUGAAUGCUUCUACCGCUGCUCCCCCAGCGCCGCCCGCUGGCCCCACCCCCAGCGCCCCACAGCUGUCCUUGAGGUGCCCCUCUGCCUGAGCUUCUGUGAGGAGUGGUAUGAAGCCUGCAAGAAUGACCUGACUUGUGCCCGCAACUGGGUGAGUGACUGGCAGUGGGGUCCCCAGGGAAACAACUGCAGCCGGGACUGUGUGCCCUACAGCCAGAUGUACAGGGACGGCAGGGAGCUCUGCGAGAACAUUUGGGGCGACUCCUUCGUGGCUGCCCGGGAGCCCUGCCCCUGUCUGAGCCUGACGGGCUCCGACACUGACCCGCUGCCCGAGGACGGGGAAAGCUCAGAGGAGCCUGACCCCACCAAAGCUGGCAGCCCACGGGGGCCCUGCCCGGCCAGUGGCCUCCUCCAGCGCGGCCUGCGCAAGCGCUCCGUCUUCAUGGAGGACGUGGAGGGGAGCGGGAGCGGGCUCUAGAGCCGCUGGCCCCUCCCACCCCAGCUCCCCCACUUCCUAGGAGAGCCCUUCCCGCACCAGGUGCCGGGGGGGCGGGAAAUGCUUGUUAUCUAUGCAAACCCCUGACCCCUAUGAUUGUCCCCCCCCCAUGCACACCAUAACUGCUUCUCUGGCCCCUCUUGCACCCCAUCCAGCCACCUACCAGGAGGGGACCCACACAGCCCUCCUCCCCGCACAGCCAUAGGGCCUAGCUCAAAGGGGUGUUAGCUUCCCCAAGCACCCAACUUCAAGGGGAGGGAGUCCCUGCUCGCAACCAGCUCCCUCCAUGCCCCAGUCACAUAGGGAUGCAGCUGUAUUAUCCUCUUGCUAUACUAUGGAGGGGGAAACUGAGGCACAGAGCAGGGACACCUGAGAGUAGCUCAGUGUAGUGGCUCAGCUCUCUAGUGCAGGCCGGCACCUGGAGUUGUUGGGCAGGGGAGGAUGCUGUGCCAGCUGACUCCGCGCAGCCCUGGCACCCCACGCUGGUUCCAGGUUGGCACUCUCCCACCACUGGGGAUCAACCCCUUGACACAGAGGAGCUGAUGAUAAGCCAAGUCCAUUUGCUUCGUGCUGGGCCGACUCCUUAACUGCUCUAUGAGAGUCAGACAGCAGGGGAUGACAAAGAGCCCACUGACACCAUGGGGGCAGCAGAGGGUGCUCUCCCUACUAGUCACUGCUGACCCCAAUGCCAGGCUUGGGGACACUCUGUAGGGGCCCUCUCUGUCGAUUCCACCCAGCUCAAGCCACAGCGUUUGCAUGUAGCCUGCACGCUAAAGCUUGUUGCAACCCCUCACAAGCUAGUGUAGACAGAACCUGCCAUGUCUUUGCUGCGGCUAGCAGGUGGGAAUUUAGCUGGGCAGGGUGACGGCAUGCUCACCCAGGACAGCGCUAGGGGACGCUGGGCUGCGAGGUGGGGUCUCUCUCCCCGAACAGUCUGUGCUGACCUCAGGGGCCCAGCAUGGCAGUAGGGGGCGCUGUGCAGACAGAUUGGUGGGGCAAACCAUAGACACUGAUUCCACACUGCAAGAGCCCAGGGAGCCAGAGGCUUACGUCUCAAAGCAAGGAUCUGCCCCCCCCCCCCGGCAGGGGGAGAAGGGGAAUCAGAGGUGUAGGGGGAAGAUCAUGCCAGUGUUUUAAGCCAGCCCCCUUCAAAGCAACCCCAAACCUUCUGAAAUAUACCCCACCCCCGGACUCAACCCCCUUGCUCUGAGCGUCAGUUCCCACGGGGCCACCCCUGCCCCUUACUUGCCCAUUUGCUCCCCA